AUGCUUUCGCCAGCCCAGCUUGACGGUAUGAAGCUGAAGUCCAAGUUCACUUUCAUCGAUGUUGAGGAGCAGUUGCCGAGUCUCAGGCGUUGCGCGAGCACGCCGGCAAUGACGCCUCCUGGCAGCGUGGCUCACUGCGAGGACGACUACUUGGCAGGGCUCCUGCAAGAAGCGAAGCUCUCUCUCCCACAUCCCAUCCCACGCAGGGCUCCGGAAAACUCGGGUGACAUCGCCUUUACCCCAACACCGGCACUGCAAAGCAUUGAAGUGGCUUGUGACCAAGACUCAGAUGUCGCCGGGAGCCUCGGGCAUCCCUAUUUCUGCCGCCGCCCUUGCCUUUUACUGGCAUUGGGCAAGUGCCGAAAUGGAAUGGCUUGCAAGUACUGCCAUCAUGCCCACGACAACGACAAGUCGCAGUCGUUUUCGAAAGGCACUCGUGAGAGGAUCAACCGCAUGAAGGGCUCCGCGAAGCUGCGGUUGCUUCGUGAUAGCCUGCGCCAGAAGGUGCAGAAAGUUCCGGAGUUAGCUUUGCAGGUCACGGGGCUUGUGGACGUCAUCGAGGAAGGGCUAUGUCACGACGCCCCAGAGUCGUCAGAAUCCACGGGCUCGCGACUUCACGAGAAGCUCGCUGUCAUGUCCGUGUCUGCCAUGCUGGGUGAUAUGUUCACCGGGAGCUUUGAGCCGGAGAUUCGGCGUCGCCUACAGGAAGAGCUCCGGCGCGGCGUGCAUGCGGAAGCCUUCCAUGCCGGCCACCCGCCAGCGCGGCGCUGGGAUGUGCAGGACCGCUUCACUCGCAACGACAUCCAGGCUGUGGCUGCCACCGUGGCUUUUGGGAUGGGCAUCGAUAAGCCCGACGUCCGUCGAGUGCUUCACUUCGGCAUGCCGAAAAGCCUGGAGGCCUACAUGCAGGAGUCUGGCCGAGCUGGACGCGAUUCCAAACCUGGCACUUGCAUCGUCCUCUACACGAAGAACGACCGGAAUCAAUAUGAGCAGGUGCUGCUUGGCCAAGAGAGCUUGGUACUAACGCCAGCGCUGCACAGGAGCCUGAUGCGCUACCAGAGCUCAUUUUUCUACUGUCGGAACCGUCGGCAGUGCCGCCGUGCCCAGCUUCUUCAGUACCUGGGCGAGGAUCCCAUGCGGGGGCCAAGGAAGCAUGCCUCUGUUAUCCAGCAUCCUGAAAUGGAGCAGCUCAGCAUCGCGAAGCACCGUCUCGGCGAUGCACUGCGAAGUACGGUGAACGCGUUCACUGUUGCCGGCGGCGAAUCGAAGUUCGUGGAGAGCGGCACGCUGACUCCGGAGGAGAUGAGUUUGGCGCUAACGUUCAAGUUCCCGACCUGGCGGUGGGAAUCUGGCGAGGCCUCGUUGAGAGCGAGCUACCUACCUCAGGAUCAGCAGUACCUGAUCACCAGGAAUGUACCGUGCCGGGACAGGGUCCGCGCACUCGACUCUGCCUUAGACCAGGCAGUUACUGAGGAUGACUGGCUUCUACCGCCGGAGAUGUCCUCAGGAGCCGAGAACAAGGAGCUCCGCGACGUAGAUGAUCUAGCAGGCCCCUCCGAAGGAGCUAGCAAGACGGAGGGCAAGGGGAUCGUCUUCAAUGCGGAUGACGACUUCCUGGGAGGCGGCGCGGCAGCUUCGACGCUGCCGGACUUCUCCGACUUGGACCAGCAGCUGCAGGAGGACGACUACCCCUCUGCUGGCUAUGCGGCGCCCUCCGGUGGCCUGGUGGUAGCCGAGGCCCCGGACACGAACAUCGUGAAGACGCGCACCUACGAUUUGUCCAUCACUUACGACAAGUAUUACCGGACGCCCAGACUCUGGCUGUUCGGCUACAACGAGCGGGGGGACCCCUUGAAGCCCGAAGAGGUUUAUGAGGACGUGCUUAGUGACUACAAGUCCAAGACGGUCACUGUGGACCCUCAUCCUCUCACCGGUACGCCAACAGUUUCCAUCCAUCCCUGCCAGCAUGCUCAAGUCAUGAAGAAGGUGAUUCAAGACUGGAUCGAGCAGGGGUUAACCCCCAGGCACGACCUCGCCUUGUUCGUGUUCCUCAAGUUCAUCUCCAGUGUGGUGCCGACCAUCAACUACGAUUUCACCAUGGAAAUCGAGCUGCUCUUGCGCUUCCUGGUCAGUGCUGGCCGCAGUGGUCGGGCAGCCGCAGUGACGGCACUGAGGAAGAGCACCGGGCGAAGCCGAAGAUCGGACGAUGACUGGCACCGCGUGAUGGACUACGCCAUUCACCACGGCUUGGUGCGCUUGGAGAUCUCGUUUGGUCCGGAGAACCGGCAAAAAAGGAAGGCAUUCGCCAGCCCGCAGCUCACCGAUGCAGGCCAGGCCUGGCUACAGACGGGUCCGCGGCCCUUCUUCGUGGAUUUCGGACAUGCAGCUCCAGCAGGACAUCCCAAUCCGGAGCCUGUGCGCAGUGAGCGCAGUCCACUACCGGAGACGCUGAAUUCAAUCGCUGAUCCACCCUCUCCUGGCUCGGCAGGCGCUGAGGCUGUUGUAGUCACGGACGACGAUGAGGAGAUCGACACACCUGAAGAUGAUCGGCCGCUGACGCACCUCCAGGCGCUUGUCGAGCAGCGGCGCGUGAGCUCGCAGCCGACCCCGCAGCGUCAGCGUAGGAGGUUUGCUGAUGAUGCUCCCGAGGAUGUCGUGGCGUUACAAGGAGAGCUGGUGGCCGAGGUCGCCGCCUUGCAGUCAGUGCUCGCCGGACUGGAGAAGCCGAAAGCACCAGCUUUGGCCGCUGUCCUUUCCGAUCUUCGGCGCCUGCGCAGUUCCCUGGAGGCCGAGGCGCCAUCUCCGGCGAAGCGGAAGCAGCGUCAUUCCAACGGUACAGGCAUCCGGAGUCCAAGCCCGCCAAGCUCAUCGCGACCCGAGGCCAAGUGCCGAAGGACGCUGCGAGCCGGGCCCUCUCGUCCAGAGGAAACCAGCGCCCGGACCGGGUCAGGCCCUGUGGCCCAACAGGAGCGUGCUUUGGUGCUCCGCCAGCCUGGCAGCGCGCAGACGACUCUGCUGCAAAGACCAGCUCCGCGUGCUGCCCCGAAGGCUACUGCGAGCAAGAAGUUUUCCGAGCGAGACCGCGAGGGGUGCUCGGAGCUGCUGAAGCAGCUCAUGGAUGCGCAUGACUACACCGGCAACCAGACAGGCGCGACCGAGGGCUCAGGCCUUUGA